GUGGUUAGACCUGGCAUGGUUUGGAUAAGACCAGAAUAUCUGAUUCUUGGUCAACCCUUCUGGAGUACAGAACAAGAAAACCAGUAUUUCGCAAUACAAAGAAGAAAAGGCCAUGGCACAAAAGGAUUUUCAUCAGUUCUUGUAGCUACGAUCGAUUCUGUAUUCGAUACUCGUCCUGCGCCAUAUCGGAUCAUUUAUAAAUACGAGAAUGAUGAUGUACAAAUUGCUAUCGUUAUCGCCCAUGCUGUGCGCAAAAAUGAAAUUCAAGAGCAUUGGGAUUGGAUAGAAAGGAAUGUCAUGCCAACAGUUGGUAAGUGUAACGUUAAUGGUUUUGUGGAGUAUUUUGAGAUACUCAUACUAACUUUUUGA